GCCUCGUCCCCCUUUUCCAGUCAGCCUUCCACUCCCGCGAGUUUUAAUAUGCAGGAAAUAGAUUUCCCCUACCCAUGUUGAGCAGGCAGUUCGCAGUUAGCACUGGAUAUGCAAUGAAAUCCUCGGGCAUCGUCCCGGCGGCAUCGCACUUAUAAGAGUCGAGCGGGCGCCCGAGCUGGACCUUGUGCUUAGCCUCUCUCUCCCCUCCCCAAGUCUCCACUUGUCGAGAGAAACCUGCCGCCGAGAAUGAAGUCGCUCUCCGUCGCUCUCGCGCUCGUCGCGCCGGCCUAUGCCGGCCUCCGCUUUGGCUGCUCGACGCUGACCAUCCAGCGCCUCGACCCCGUCGUCGAGCCGGGCCAGAACCCCUCCGCCCACGUCCACCACAUCGUAGGCGGCGAUGCCUUCAACGCUACCAUGGAGGGCGACGUCGGCGAGAGGGGCACUUGCACGACCUGCGAGAUGUCCGAGGACUUCUCCAACUACUGGACCGCCGUCUUGUACUUCAAGCACCCCACCAACGGGUCGUACCACCGCGUGCCGGUCGUCAACAACGCCGCGCUCGCGGCCGGCACCACCGGCGGGAUGACCAUCUACUACACCCAGAACGACUUCUUCUCGGACAACCUAAAGAACCAACCCAUCAGGGCUUUUCCGCCCGGUUUCCGCAUGACGGUGGGCAGCCCGACCACCAACUCGCUGGAACAGGCGCAGCGCCACAUCGGCCUGCGCUACAACUGCCUGCAAACAUUGAUCAACCGGGGUGCGGAGAUGGUGGACUUUCCCGACCGGCCCUGCCCCGCCGGCAUCUUCGCCGUCCACCACUUUCCCGCAUGCUGGGACGGCAAGAACCUCGACAGCCCGGACCACCAGUCGCACAUGUACAACACGAUCACGCGCGACGGGUUCACCAACGCGCCGCCGUGCCCGGCGUCGCACCCGGUCCGCAUGCCGCAGCUGACGUACGAGACGGUCUGGGACACGACCAAGUUCAACAGCAUGUGGCCGACGGGCACGCCGAACCCGUUCGUGUGGAGCUUCGAGGGCUCCCGCGGCUACGGCACCCACGCAGACUACAUGUUCGGCUGGAAGGGCGACUCGCUCCAGCGUGCCAUGAACAAGUCCGAGUGCUUCUACGACGGCUGCGGCUCCAUCAAGAAGCAGGCCAUGUCCACUGCCAACCGGUGCACCGUCAAGGACAUGGUCGGCGAGGUCACCGACGGAUGGCUUACCUCGCUGCCUGGGAUGGCGUAGAAGGAAUUGGAUCGACACGAGUUGUUCUGCAGCGAAGGCUACGACAACAAAACAUCCCCCCCAUCCUCCCCUCCCCUCCGGAAACGGCCAACAAUCUCGUUCGUUUUGACCUUGCCGGUCUGCUGCUUUUAGGUUAGCUUGGUCCGUAGCUCGUACGUAGCUGAACGCGGCCCUUCCCAUACAAGCACCCGUGAUGCCUUCCCAAGGCUCGAUGCGAAGGGCAGGACACGUGUAUAGACCUCGCCGUAGUGGUGAUAUUACUCACAAUUUCCCGCAACGCGUCGAAAC